AUGAGUAAACCAACCAGAAGAAUAACAUCACCAGAAGAUUUAACUAAGUGGAUAGAAUCAGAUACUUAUAAUCUUUUAUUAAACUUCAUUCAAUCAUUACAAGAUCUGAUUCUUGGUAAAACAAAUGAUGAUUCUGAAGUUAUUAUAUCAACCACAACCACCAAUUUAUUAAACAUCCUAAAUGAAGUAGAUGCAACUAUAGAUAAACAUCCAGUUGUUAUUGAUAAAGAUAUAUCUCGAUUUGGUAAGGUUGAAUUCCGUGAUUUCUAUGAUCAUCUUUCUCAAUCCUCACAAACAUUAUUAUCCCGCUUAACUUCCAAUCCAGAUGAUUUAAUUGAAUUGGGAACUUAUUUCCAAGAAUCAUGGGGUAAUAGAACCAGAAUAGAUUAUGGAUCUGGACAUGAAUUAAAUUUCAUCACAUUCCUCCUUUGUCUUUCACAACUCAAUAUCAUCACUUUGGAAGAUUAUCCCGCGAUAAUAUUACACGUGUUUACUAAAUAUAUGACUAUCAUGCGUCGAUUACAGAAAUUAUAUUGGUUAGAACCAGCAGGAUCUCAUGGAGUAUGGGGGUUGGAUGAUUAUCAUUUCUUGCCGUUUUUAUUCGGUGCAGCCCAAUUGGCAAAUCAUCCAUAUAUGAAACCAAAACUGAUCCAUAAUGAAGAAUUAGUGGAAAUGUAUAAGGAUAAAUAUAUGUAUAUGGAAUGUAUCCAUUUUAUAAAUACGAUCAAGACAUUGCCCCAGAAUCAAGAACAGAAAUUGAGUUUAAGAUGGCAUUCUCCAAUGUUGGAUGAUAUACUGGCGGCAAAGAGUUGGUUGAAGAUUAAAGAAGGAAUGAUUAAGAUGUAUAAAGUGGAAGUAUUGGGGAAAUUACCAAUUAUACAACAUUUUAUGUUUGGAAGAUUGAUUCCAUGUCCACCGGGGAUUGCAGAACAUACUGAAGAGGAAGACGAUGGUGAUCAUCAAGAAGAUGAAUGUGGACAUGUUCAUACAACGGGAGUAUUGAAUACUUGGGGUGAUUGUUGUGGUAUAAAGAUCCCCAGUGCAAUUGCUGCAAGUGAGAGUUUAAGAUUACAAGAAGCAAAGAAAAAGCAUAAACCAAUUCCAUUUGAUUAA